AAUUCUGAAGGCCUCGCUCAACAGAAAGCAAACAUUUUUCAACGAUGACUGCCGAGUUGAGUGAAAGUUUUGGCGUUUUCGAAACGAGAAUCUUUGAAAUCUUCUCCCUCUCAGCAGUCUAUAAGUUUGGUUCUUACAAAUUAGCCUUGCAAAUGCGGAAUUUACAUUAGCUUUGGCUUUUAAUACGAUUAGGAAUUUUAUAUUUAUGGGUGUUGUGUGGUUUUUUGGCAAAAUAUACAUAAGUAAUUGGCCGAGCAUCGGCCCAUUUGAAUUCAGGUUUAAAGCUAUUCGUUAUUCAUUAACGGCUCAGAAUCGAAAAACAAACCUUAUCGCCAGGGAGUUAGUGCUCAUUUCGAAUCAGUCUCGAAGCAGAUAUAUUCUAAGGUCCCGAGAUAAACCGAAAAAAAUGGAUCCGAAGAAGACGUUAACCUGGUUCUUUGGCCUGACCUCGGUGCGCUAUUCGCAGAUCCUAAUCGUGGUGGCGGGCGAUCUGCUGGCCCUAUCGAAUCUCUAUCCCAAGCACUCGAUGUACAUUUCGCGUCCUUUUCUGCUGUGGCAGGAUCUCCCAGAGGAGGACAAACUUUCCCUGGACUGA